GGCUCGACUCCAUUGCUGCUGAUGGUGGCUAUGGUUUUUUCGUUUUUUUUUUGUUUUUUUAAGAUUUUUUUUCUAAAAAUAUGAAAUUGCAGGUGCAACUCCAGCAACUGGUGGACGCCAACAUGUAUGGUUUGGACAAGGCCUGCUCUGGCCUGAUGUGCUUUGGUUGCAGCUCUUAUGGUGGCUGAGUGGGCUAUAGCCCUCUUCAUGGUGGCACUGCUGCUGGUGGACCUGCUAAGGGUGGAGGGUUUGGAUGGAGGGUCUGUUCUCGGCCUGAUGUGUCUGCUGUUGGUGGACCUGCUACUUGUGGAGGGUUUGGAUAAAGGGCCUGUUCUCGGCCAGAUGGUGGAUGUUGGUGGUUCUUGCUGCUGUGUGGCCUGA